AGGGAAUUUAGAGGGGGUGAGUAGAUUGAUAUGUGUAAGCAUCUGGCUGUCCAGUACCUGCUGUUCUGAAAACGCACAAAUCAUUGUAGGAAACUACAGAGCACAGAAUCGACCUGGAAAUUCCAGAACUAGGCAACUGCAAACCCCACAGCAACCAGGCCGACAAUCCCGUUUUGAAUUUCCUGACAGUGAGCCCAGAGCUUGACCCUCGAUGCCAACACUUCGGGACACGCUCAACAUCCCCAGCCCUUUCAGACCCAAGCGCUUUGGGCCGACCAGGCCCUCUCUAGCCCGGCUCCUUCUCUAUGGUCUCCGCUGCGGGCCGCUCUAGCCUGCGCGGGAGGCGGUGAGACGCCGUGGACGGCUUCCCAGGCGGCGAAAGCUACAGAGGGCCUCUGCGCUGGCCGCCCGGUCGGCCAUGGAGGCUUUGCGCAAAGCGCUGAUCGUGGGUGCCCUUCUGGGCGCGGGGGCUGGCGUUGGCUCCGCGCUCUUUGUCCUCGUGACCCCGGGAGAGGAGCAGAAGCAGGCGAUGCUGAAGGAGAUACCCGAGCAGGACCCGCGGCGCAGGGACGAGGCGACCAGAACCAAAGAGUUAGUGCUGGCCACUCUGCAGGAGGCAGCGACCACGCAGGAGAACGUGGCCUGGAGGAAGAACUGGAUGGUCGGCGGCGACGGGAGGUCAGCGUGAGCCCGGACUUCCCUCGUGGGCGCUGGCACCUUCCUCCCGCGGAGUCCGGCGCGGCCUUUCUCCCCCGUAGUCCCGGUAGGGAGUCCGGACCCGGGAUGCCGCGCGCCCAGGCCUCCUUGAGGCCCCGGGAGCGGCUGCGGGGUGAGCACGUCCCGCCUCCACCCGCAGGCGCUGCACUGAUAGCACUUUCCCGUCCUGCGUCGCAGGCCAGGGCGUGGGAUGUGGCCAACUGAAGGAACCAAUAAAUCACGUUCCUCUGUCCGGUCAGUAAGCCCUGCGGUCUGUGUCUAGAGUGUUCUGGGGAUCCGUGUAGGGGACGCGGAUGACUGUGGGUCCCACCGGCCCUGCAACGACCACGUUUUCCAAACACAAGCCAGGUCAUGUGGUCUGAGUGGCCAUUCGGUGAUAACCAGGAGACAUUCUCGAAAUCAGGACUAUCCUGGAAAAUCCUGUAGCAGUAGAUGCCCAUGGAGGACACCUUGGGUGAAGUUGGAGAGGGGCUGUUGGUAUUAGCAUGUGCGGUGAUGCUUUCUGGGGCUGCCGAACCGUUGGAGGCCAAUUUAAAUUGCCGAGUGAAAGGAGCGUGCUUUGAGUCAGAUCUUGAUUAAAGUCCUGCCUAUUACAAAACCUU